GCAGACACGAGCCUGCACGGCGCGGUGCAAAUCCCGACACCCAACAUGGACGCCCUGGCCAGCAUGUCUGUUGUGCUGAACAACUAUUACGUUCAGCAGGAGUGCACACCUUCGAGGGCAUCGCUGAUGACCGGUCUGUUUCCGAUUCACCACGGCCUACACUAUCCCUUGAUGCCGGCUUCGACAUCCGGCCUGCCCCUGCAAAUGAAGUUAUUGCCUGAACAUUUGAAGGACCUGGGAUACGAAACGCAUAUGGUUGGAAAGUGGCACUUGGGAUACAGCAGCUUUAACGCGACGCCCACCAGGCGUGGUUUCGACAGCUUUUACGGCUACCUCAAUGGUUUCAACGAUUACUAUCAGCACCUGUUGGAAUACGGCGAUCACAAGGGACUCGACUUCUGGAACAACACUGAGCCGCUUCCGCUGGAGGACGACACCUACGCCACGACGCGAUUCGCAGAGCGGGCCAGAUCUAUCAUUCGAAACAGAGACAAAUCCAAGCCCAUGUUCCUGUACCUGGCUGAACAGGCCACGCACAGCGCCUACUCGCCGGUGUCGCUUCAGGCUCCAGACGCCAACGUUGAGAAGUUUACCUAUAUCGGCGACCAAAACAGGGCCAUUUAUGCUGGAAUGGUAGACGCCCUGGACCAGUCGAUCGGCUCCCUGAUGGAGGCGCUGGAAGAGGCUGGAAUGCUGAGUAACACCCUGCUCGUAUUCAGCGCGGACAACGGCGCUCUCCCGUACGGGCCCGGCCAGAACUACGGCUUCAAUUGGCCCCUGCGAGGCACGAAACUCAGCCUUUGGGAAGGCUCCCUCCGAGCCGCGGCUUUUGUAUGGAGCCCCUUGCUGGACAAUAGCCCUCGCGUAAGCACCGACCUCAUGCACGUGAGCGACUGGCUGCCCACGCUCUAUUCGGCUGCCGGAGGUGACAUCGAAGGGCUUGGCAAUAUAGAUGGCGUGGACAUGUGGCAGGCCUUGCACAUGGUAGGGCUGUCGCCACGCACGGAGUUACUGCACGACAUCGAUGCGGAUGCCGGAACAGCGGCCAUUCGUUACGAAGACUACAAGCUGGUUGUGGGAAGCUACGGAGACCCAUGGGACGGACGUUACGAGGUUCAUUCGUUUCCUACCUUCGUUCUGACGGCAACAAACGUGCUCACGGAGAAGUGCCCGCAGGUGAUCGGCAGCAGUGGACCUCAGAGGGACCUGGACGAAAUGCAGGCGGAAUCAAGGACAGCGCGUGUUCUCAGUCGAUUCUACCAUGACCCGAGACUGGUAGAGCGUGGAAGCAGCGAAUGGAGGCGGGAGGCGACGGUCGACUGCGGACGGGACGCAAGCACGACGAAUUUCGCCUCCGGUGAGCCGAGCUACCUGUACAACUUGAAAGAGGACCCCUGCGAACUGCACAACCUGGCCAACGAAAGCUCAAAGAUGGUGUCCUUCUUGCUGGAGAAGUUGAGCGCCUACAGAGAGUCUGCCCGUCCCGAGAUCGUCGGCGACGUAGACGAAAGGGGUUACCCCGAGAAACACAACGGCGUUUGGGCACCUUGGGAGUAA